AUGUCUGGUUUCUGUUGUCUAUCCAGUGACCAUUCAUUUUAUUUUCACCCCAUCUUUUCCAUCAGAUUCAUCCAUAAUCUGGACUCCAGAAAUCACACAGAUGCUCCAGAAUUCCUUCUCCUGGGAUUGACAGAUGAUCCAAAACUGCAGCCUCUCAUCUUCACCCUGUUCCUGUUCAUGUACCUGGUCACCGUCCUGGGAAACAUGCUCAUAGUCCUGGCAAUCAGCUCUGACUCUCACUUGCAAACCCCCAUGUACUUCUUUCUCUCCAAUCUGUCCUUUACUGACAUCUGUUUAAGUACAACUACAAUCCCAAAGAUGCUGUUGAACAUACAAGCUCAGAAUAAGGGCAUCACUUUUAUAGGCUGCCUCACCCAGAUUGGCUUUGUUCUGAUUUUUGGCAUGUUUGAGAAUUUUCUCCUUGUAGCAAUGGCCUAUGACCGCUAUGUGGCCAUUUGUCACCCCUUGAGGUAUUUGGUUAUCAUGAACCCCCAACUCUGUGGCCUGCUGAUUGUUCUCUCAUUGUUUCUUAGCAUUGUGGAUGCCCUGCUCCACAGUCUGAUGGUGUUGCGGCUAUCAUUCCGCAAGGACCUGGAAAUCCCUCACUUCUUCUGUGAACUUGCUCAGGUCCUCAAGCUUGCCUGUUCUGAUGCAUUCAUCAAUAACAUCCUGAUAUAUAUUGUGACUGGCUUAUUUGGGGUUCUUCCUCUCUCUGGGAUCAUUUUCUCUUAUACUCAAAUUUUCUCCUCUGUGUUCAGAAUACCAUCGUCUCAGGGGAAACUUAAAGCUUUUUCCACCUGUGGGUCUCACCUUUCAGUUGUUUCCUUGUUCUAUGGGACAGCUGUUGGAGUGUACAUUAGUUCUGCUCUUACUAACUCUUCCAGGAAGACUGCAGUGGCUUCAGUGAUGUACAUUGUUCUCCCUCAAGUGAUGAACCCCUUCAUCUACAGCCUUAGAAACAAGGAAAUGAAGGAAGCCUUGUGUAAACUAAUCAGAAGGAUACCUUCUAUUCUGUGA